UCCUUGUCCAGCAUACGUGCCGUCGCCUCACCACUAGAGCCUCGGGACGUCCAAAAAGCUGGGGCUGGGCCGCCGGUGCCCACGCGAGAGGGUGUGAGCAGCAAAUACAAAUCAGCACAAAACCGGCAGCAAGAGGCCGCAGCGGUCGCGCGGGCGCACCGCAGACGCUCAGACCAUGGCCGAGUGCGUCUUCUGCAAAGAAGAAUUCGCCGACAACCCGGACCUGGAGCCCGUCGUCUACGCCCCAUGCCAACAGUGCGACGUGCUCUACUGUCGACCGUGCCUCGAGGAGUACGUCUCGAAGUACGAGAGCCAGUGCUCCGUCUGCAAGACGAAAGUGAAGGUGCGACGGAGCAUCACCAUGAUCGCCGACGGUGAAGAAAGGCGCAGAGCCCACGACCGAAGGGCCGCCAACGAAGCGUCGCAAGUAUCAGAUACUGUAAGGAGGGUCGCGCCCGUCGCCGGUGAGCUGCUCGAGCAGGCCGUGGACCCCGCGUUCCUGCUCCAAAGGAGACAGGCGGACGACGACGCCGCGAGUCGUAGAGAGGCGGAGCGCUUGCAGCGCGAGUUCAAUCAGGCACCUAGUAGAGGCCCGGAGGAGCCGGACGCCGCGACGCGCGCCCUCAUGGAGCAGCUGCAGCGGGAGGACGCCGAGGCGCGGCGGCGCGCGGCGGCGGAGCCGCGGCCCCAGCCGCCGCCCGCGAAGCGCCGAAAGUCGUCGGACGGCCUCGUCCAGACGACGAUCAGCCUCCAGCCGCGGGCCGUGAUUGACGUGGACGACCCGGGCGACGAGACGCAGCUGUCCGGGGACCCGCCGCCUCCAGUCGACGAGACGCAGUCUCCUGAUGCGGACUGGUCCGCGCCGCCGGCCGUGCCGCUGGGUGAGGCAUCGAGAUCGCCACCGGCCCGGCCGCCGGCGCCGGCCAUGGAUUUGACGCAGGACUCGUCCGGCGACGACGAGGCCGCGCCGCCGCGACGGUCGCCGCCGGCCCAAACGAUGCCGGCCGUGAGGUCGCCGCCGCCGCGACCGCGCGCCGACGACGACGAGCUGGCCUACUUCCGGAGCCAGGGCGCGCGCAACGCGUCGCUCCACGAGUCGUCGAGCAGCGACGACGACGACUCCCUGCCGCGGCGGUCGCGGUCCCGGGAGCGCCCGGCGCCGCGACCGAGCGAGGUCAUUGUUAUCGACUAG